GUCCCUCUUAUGCUGUCCAUGUUUCGUUCUUGUUCUUACGCGCUAACAGCAUGCUCCUUAGGAGUGUGAGUAUGCGCUUUACAAAUUUUGCAUCCCGUAGAUGCGUUUCAGUCUUGUGGCAUUCCUGUACAAUUCCCAUGACAUCAGUUCCAAAGCUAGGUGUCAAAGCUUUGUAAGUCUUCAACUUUCGACUUAUUUCCGGUCCAUCACGACAGUGGUCACGCGUUCAACUCUGGCUAUUGAUACUAUACUCAGACUAGUUUACAACGGAACAGUUUCUUGCAGCUCUGUUAUGACAUGAAGUAACUUUUGCUCCACAAAUGUUCUACUUUCAUGAGCGAACGGUACCCGCGGACAUGCUUUCACCAUUAGAGGGUACAGUCGCGAAAAGGGUUGAGAAUCUCUGAGAGAUGAUCUGAUGGGAGUAUCCGUCCCUUAGAGACGAGAGCUGAUUACAGUGAGAAAAGCAAGUUUGAGAUACGAUAUCUCAGAGAGAGAACGAUGUACCUCUCGCUAUGUUCACCUAAUUAUGACAUACACCCGUAAUCUAGUCACUACCCCUCUUGCGAAACAUUUCUGAUAACGUGACGUAGUGGUCACAUGAAGACAGUACGUUCACAGACUGUGAUUGUCAUUCUCAUCGAUACGCAGAGAUUCUUUUAGUUCAUCAUGAGUCGCUACACCGUUGUCUUCCUACUCUCCAUUUUGUGCCUGUGUGAUUUCACUAAAGGAGAAACUCUCGACGAUUACUGCAACACAUACUCUGUCUCCGUCUACAGUAGCCCCAGCUUCUACUACCUCAUAAACAACCAAAAGUAUGACAGUCUCUGUCAAGUCGGCUUCGACAGCACCAGCACCACUGUUCUCACUAUUUCCGGUUCUGGUCUAGACUGCUCCCAGUGCCACAUCAGCGUGUGGGACGCCAAUAACUACGUGUCCAAGUCUAAUGGCAACAUUUGCUCCAUGGGUUACUUCAAAUACACCUAUUUUUCUGACUACUUGGAGGCCAUCAACCUGCACGUACAAGGGACGGCCUGCGCCAAUGCCCCAUAACUAUCGAGGCGCGUAAGGGGUGCGACAGCUACGAGUUCCAGUGCGACAACGGACAAUGUGUGAUGGAUUACGACCGCUGCGACAAUUGGCAAGACUGUUCCGAUGGUUCUGACGAAGAUGGCUGCUUCUGGAGUGUGGGGGCGUACGUGGGAGUCAGUCUCGGCUCCUUCGUGUUCCUCUUCGUUGUGGUGGUGACAGCAGCCGUGUGCCGACGGAGAAUGGUCCUUGCACGCGGAGUGGUGGUGGUGCCAGCCACCCAGUCCCAGGUCACCCAGGGCCGUUGGUAGUUAAUGAUGUGCGCAUCUUUCCAAUUUUAUGCUUCGAUCAACGACAAACGACAACAUUGAAUUACUAUUGAGACAGAUCAGACUACUGUGGCACAGACACAAGACCAGCAAAUCAGACACGCAACGACAGGUUUCUUUUUAGACGUGUAUGACACAACCCAUAUUUUGAUCAGUAUAAUCGUAUCAGUCCAAUCUAAAGUUUUGCAAUGUCACUGUGGCCACGGCGAUCUGCACUCCCACGAUUCAGAUCAGUUAACUUUCACUUUGCAGUUUAUAAUAGCAAAUAAACCGUAAAAGAAUUCAGUAUUCACAUCAAUACACAGCUUAGCCUCUCUCCAGAUUAUGUUCCACGAACUGCAGUCUAUGGUCAUAAUGAGGGCCUGUACAUGACUGUAUGUGCCUUAUUUUACAAAGAUAUGUUUGCUACUUGGCGUUGAAAGUUCAAUGCAGCAUUAAAACAUUCUCUAUUCCCAAUUUAUUUUUUAAAAUCUGUCUUGUUACUACGGCUUGCUUAAAAACCUAUCCUUCCUACGAGCAGUUCACAGGUAUGCUGUUUUCCUACUGCACCGAAAGUCGCCACAGUGAUGUCUUGAAUGCCUUUACAUUUUCUUUUAAUUUGCAAGUUGUCACCGUAUUUUUGUGAAGUACAAGUCUUCUUUCUACCAAAAAGUGCACUCUUUUAGAAUACUUCAUCGAGAUGAUGAUCACACAACAAUCAUUAAAGGAAAAAACAAAACAAAAAAAA